AUCAUUUCAAAGUCAUUAUCGGCACCAUCAUCAUCAUCUCCAUUACCGCAUCGGCCUCCUAGGAGGAAGUCGAGAUUUCUCCUCUCGAUCGAUCAAUCACAUCUCGUCCUUGACCUCGAGUACACCCCUUCUGCAUACGCACGCUUACACAUACAUAUAGGAUAAAAGAGGGCUUUUUCUGCAGGGGCAACGUCCUUUCGGGCUGCUCGUCGUCAAGUUCGUUCGCCCGCGUUGCCCUCGCACACGCGCGCGCACACACACACACACUCACACACACAUAUAGAUAGACAGACAGACACAGAGUACACACAGUGUGUAAUACCGGUUCUCCAGGUCCGUCCGAGUGGCGCGUGUUCUGUGUGUGCGCCUCCUCCUCCGUUCCCUUGUUUUAUCGGGAUUACAGGCCAGCUCUCUCGGAGAGGGAAAGGCGCCGGACUUCAUUUUUAGCGUGUCUUCCAUCGGCGCCGGCCACGCGCUCGCAUUUUAGACUCGACUCUCCUGCGCUACUGUUGCUUUCACGAUGACCACGAGCAAAGUUAUGAUGAAGCUCCUGCUGGUGCUUCUGGGGACACUGGGGGCGACGAGGGCCAAGAGCGUGGCGACCUACGACCAGAGGCAGGAGGGCAAGGUCAACGUGCAGAUCGACGUGAAGGACGUGCAGAUCCUGGCCCUCGUCGACUCGGAGAUGCUCGACGACUACACGAACUACGACUACGCCUACGACUACGCGGACUUUACUAUAAAUCCGAGCUCGCGGCCGACGACCGGCAAGCCCCCGAGCACUGCCGGCGAUGCCAGCAGUACCAGCAGCAGCAGCAGCAGCAACAGCAGCAGCAGCAGCAACGAGGAGACCUGGAGCACCUGGCCCACGAAUCCGAGCUCCUCAGCCUCGACCUCGUCGGCCGACAUCUCGACACCCGAAUCCACCUCGCCUUCUGCCGACGAGUCGACGAAAGCUCCCGAAGUGAGCUCAACCGUCUCGGCGGACGAAAGCUUACCCGCAACCAUCGCCGUCGCUCUGGUCCACCAAAACCCCUCGGAGGACGAGAGCAAGAAGAUCGUCGAGGGUGUUGGCCAGGCCUCGAAGCUCGAGGCCGAGAAACAACAGCAGAUCCAAUCGGAGCUUUCGGCCUCGACGACGACCGUAGCCGCGGCUGUGGUCGACGAGACCAAACCCGACGGAUCGAAGAGACCGGCUGGUAUCGCCGAACCGAGGAAGAGGUGUCCCGUUGGAUUUCUGCUCAAGUCCGGCAAGUGCUUCAAGCGCCGGUACUCCUUGAUUUCGUAGUCCGAGACUCGCGCUGAUGAAACUCGCGCCAGCCCUGUUGAGCAAGUCGAACAUACUGAGCGGAAUUCCAGCAGCAGCAGCAGCAGCAGCAGCAGCAGCGCCAGCCCC